UAGCUCCGACUUCUUGCCGAUACGACAUCCGUCCAGGAUUGUCCAUCAUCUCAAUGGACUCUCUGCAGUUCGCCUCUUCUUCUGACGAUUGCCAAAUUCAAUGCGACAGCGAGGCCACCUUCAACUGCAGGGCCUACACCUACACCAGCAAUCGGUGCUUCCUCAGUGGGGAUGACUCCGUCAGCCUGGGGCCGAUCGUGCUACCGGAGAAGCCGGGGGCCACUUACGGAGAGAAGAAAUGUGUGCUUGAACAAUGCACUGGGGGUGCCUUCACUUACGAAAAGAUGACUGGAUUUAUUCUCCGAUCAGCCGUCCAAAAUUCCAUCAUGGUGAGCAAUCCGGGAAGCUUGGGGAAUACCCUGGAAUGCCAGGAAUAUUGCCAGAGAGAUGGUCUUGACUGCCCUGCAUUUUCAGUUAAUUACCAAAACAUGAGAUGCGAUAAGCUGGACCGGAAUUCCCAGGGUAGGACUCAGGACCUUAUACCAAGAGACGGAGAGAAUUAUUUUGAAAAGAUUUGUUUAAGAGGUCCUGUCGCCACCGCAUGCAAAGACAGAGCCUGGGCCUUCGAGCGGGUGCUAGGCCACGAGUUGGAGGCUCAGUUAUACGACCGGGCCGUGCCCUUCGUACAGAGUAGGAGGGACUGUGAAGAGCUUUGCCUCGAAGAGCGGAGUUUCGUCUGUCGAUCGGCCCUUUAUAACGAUGAUACAACGGAAUGCAAGCUGAGCAGAGAAGACAGAAGGACACUACCUUCUUUCUACAGAAGAACGAACAACAUGAAAGUAAACUAUUUGGAAAACCAGUGCUUGCCAGUUUUGACUUCAUGCCCCUACGAGGAGACAACCGACUCUUAUCCAACCUACACUGAUCACAUCCAAAUGGUAGGCAUUACAUCAAACGAAGUCUGCGAACAGUUCUGCACACAGUAUCGGAGUUUCAACUGUCGGUCUUAUGCUUACUAUUCUAGCAACGGUCAGUGCUUCCUGAGCGGUGAUGACAGGGCUAGUGGUGGUAGCGGGGCCGUCCAGGCUAGGCCUGGGCUUGUAUAUAACGAAAGAAAAUGUCCGGCUGUGACUCCUCCCACCGAAACGCCAACCCCUCCCACUACAGAAUCACCUCCCCCAACACGCCAGUGCAGCCACGGAGAGAUCAUCAUGCUGGAAAAGACAACCGGAUACCAACAUCUCAGCAGCGUUUCUGUUUUGUAUCGUGGCAAUCCAGAUAUUCCAGGAAUCAUCGUCGAGUGUCGUAGGAUGUGCGAACUCAACUAUGAGUGCCGGGGGUUCACAUUGGACUACUUGAAACAGGAGUGCUACAGUGGGUCCGAAACAUCGGUCACCAAACCGAAAGAACUCAUUUCAGCCGAGAACAAGGCGUACUUCGAAGGCAUCUGUCUGCCAUUUUACUUGGGUUGCUCCAAACAGUGGAUGUUCGACCGCUACGUUGACAAAGAACUGCGAGGGGUGCAAGCUAGGGACGUCAUCCGACUAGUAUCACGGGCCAACUGCGAACGCAGAUGUCUGGAAGAAAAGAGAUUUGUUUGCCGAUCCGCUAAUUACUACAGAUAUAAUCAAGAAUGUAGGCUGUUUUCUGAAGAACAGAGCUUCCCACAUACUCAGUUGUCGUAUGCCAGCGGAGUGGAAUACUUGGAAAACCAAUGCAAUGUCGGCACUUCUACCUGCCCAUACCGUUUGCCGGAGCGCGAUCUUUUCAUGGUAUACACAAGCAAAGCCAUUCCAGGAAUCAGCAAUUUUGAGUUGUGCCGCCAGCUCUGCAGGAAAGAACAGGACUUUAACUGCCGGUCUUAUAGUUACCUCGAACAAGGUGGUAUCAAUGAUCUGUGUCUCCUGAGUUCGGAAAAUAGACAGACAGGGCAAGCCAAAGCCAUUCGCUACAGACUACGCUCUCUGUACGAGGAAGUGGAAUGCAGAGGGCAGAUACCCGCAAGCACAUCCUUACCGCCACCACCUACAGCAGGAACACCGGGAACAUUCUCGCCAACGCCAACACCGCAGACACCCCCAACUCUGCGUCCACCAACGCAGCUGCCUCCCAUUCCGAACCGGUGCACUUUCGAACAAUUUACAUACGAAAAAGUCGUCAAUUACAAUCUCAGGUUCGGCAGGAAGGAACGACUAAUUACUCACAGUCCCACUGGUGUCGUCACCGAAUGCCAAGCUCACUGCCAAAGACUGGGAGAACGCUGCAAAGGAUUUGUGAUAGAAUAUGCAACGUAUCAGCAACUGUGUUUUUGGCUGGACGCUUACUCAACUGCAGUGGACAACACAAUCGUUCCUGCUCAAAACACCGCCUAUUUUGAGAAGAUUUGCCUCUCGGAGCCUCCUUGUGGUAAGUUGUGGAGUUUUGACAGAGUGCCCGGAUAUGACUUCCACGAUGUGCCAGAUCUCGAAGUGCCGGGUGUGCCACGACGCACGGAUUGCGAAGAUCUGUGCCUGACAAACGUACCUCCCUGUAAGUCGGCCACUUACGACACUUUUCGACGAGUGUGUCGGCUUUUUUCCGAAGAUAGGCGAUCCAAGCCAAAUGCAUUCGUCCGAGAUUUACCGGAGAUGGAAUAUCUCGAGAACCAGUGCUCAGCAGAGCCGGCUACUUGUGAAUAUCGUACCAUUCCCGACAGGUUUUUCCCUUACAUCGACAGACUUUCGAGGGCCUAUAGCUUGGCCGACUGCCAGCGUCAGUGUGAUCUUGAACAAAAGUUUGUCUGCCGCUCACUCAACUUCGAGACGGUGGUCCGAGACUGCGCCCUCAGCAGCGAUGAUCUGAUCAGUAUCCAACCUGGUUCAGAUGGACUACAUCCUAGGCCCAAUUCCAUCUACAGCGAGAAGGGGAGCUGUGAACAAGUGAGUGUCCAGUGCAAUCAGCAGGAUAUGCUUCUGACAGUCAACUUCGGAACUCCCUUCCAUGGUAGGGUGUACGCAAAAGGUAAUCCCACCCAGUGCUACAUGGUGGGAACUGGCCAGACUACUUUAUUGUUUGCAAUAUCCCUCGGCUCCAGGUGUGGUACUCUCGUUGAGGGUUCUGGUCGUUAUGCCAAUGAGGUUGUUAUCCAGCAGCAUCCAGUCAUCGUCACCAAUAUAGACAAGACAAUCAAAGUAGUUUGCUCUUUCGAGACUCUGGAUAGAACUGUGACGCUGGGAGGCUUGUUUCCGGGCGCAUCCCCAGGACUGGAUGUCACAACUCGGUUUCUACCGCCCGUCACGGCCAUCGUAACGAACACUGCCCCGCCCCCAAACGUGGUUAUGCGCGUCUUGGAUAGGACAGGACGCGAUGCUGGAGUUGUGGGAUUAGGAGAUGAACUUAUGCUUCGUAUAGAACUAAGAGACCAAGCGAGCAAUCUCGCUAUUUUCGCUAGAAAUCUGUAUGCAAGAAGUAAAAACGGAGAAUCCCUUUUUUUAAUUGAUAGCACAGGAUGUCCCACUGAUCCGAGUAUUUUUCCAACUUUGAGUUUAGACGCGAGGGACAGGAAAUCUCUUUUUGCCAAUUUCAAGGCAUUUCGUUUCCCUUCGACUGGACUCGUCAACUUUGAAGUGCAAAUACGAUUCUGUCAAGAUCAGUGUAAAACGGUUCGUUGCGUGAACAAUGUCGAAUCAUUUGGAAGGAAAAAGAGAGACAUCACCGAAGUAACUGAUUAUAACGACACCACAAAUGGCUUGAACAGUACAUUGAACGAAAGUUUUUCAGCUUCUCCUAAUGGCCAAAACAUGACAAGGUCUUAUAAAGCUGGGUCCUCGAUAAUGCCACCAAAUUCCGUUCAUUCCUCCAGCUCUUCUAACACAUACCCCCGAAAAUUUAAAACUGCUCGCGUUACACAAGUGUUUGGAACUUUCACUUCAGCACCACCCAUCAAGAAGAUAACCAACAGCCAUUCUAGACGGAAUAUUACAGAACCUUCAAAAACAUGGCUUCCAAAAACCAGCAGUACUUCCGUACAUUCAAAUGAAGGCCACUGGACGGCAUUAAGAAAAAGUUCCAACAGCUGGCGCUAUCAUACGACUGAUGGUUUGGGAUAUGAAUUACCAGCUAUAGUGGAGACUGCAGUUAGAUUCAAGGAAAAUGAGACUCGACAAAUUAAUCAAAAUGCUAGAUUAAAUCCAAAUAAAGGUAAUGGCAGAUCUGAAUAUUUUAGGCAAGCAUCAAGGACUGCUGCACAGCCUUUAAUACGCCAUACGUUUGCACCUCCCGAAAAUCUGCUGUACAGUCCGAGACAAGUAAAUGAUUAUAGACAUACAUUGUUGCAGAAUGGAGUAAGACCUAAUAGGAUAGCCAAUACACAUUAUGGGGUUCCUCCUAGAGAUCAAGACAUCAGAGAAGAUUUUGAAAAAGCCCAGACCACCAAUACCAGAGUGGUUAGCAAUUAUGAUAUUAAACACAGAACUUCAUCUGGUCAUUACCAUACUUCAAAUACAAAGCAACAGAACAACAGCUCUGCAGAUGAAACCCAUUCAUCCGGUCAAACGCUAGACGAUACAGUUGCCUCUUCUUUAACAACACCGGAACUUGUCAUUUCAACCAUAGUACCUGUUCCGGAUGAAUUACCUCUAUCAUUGGCCAUAAUGGUAGGAGAAGACCCAGGGGUCGAUGUGUCUUCAUGGAAAACAAAUCCCAGUCGUAUCAACCUUCCAGCAAACAAAGACGAUGUAGGUUUGGUCUGCACAUCCGUCACAACCAUCGCAGCCACAGCUGUCUCACUGUCCGUGUUGCAUGUCCUGGGACUGGUUGGGGCUUACUGCUGCUGUAAGUGGCAUCGCAAAAGCAAAAGGAAGAAAAUCCUGCAGAACAGUCUCAAAUUACCACGUCCAGCGCCCAUGCACCGAAGGACGAGUGGUGCAGGGCGCACAGAAGAACUAUUUUACGCCAAACCGGACGUCUCGUUCAGAAAUGUGUACGGGUCUUACGAAUCAUCCCCAUAAACGAAAGAAAAAAUAUGUUCAUUUUUUCAGUAAAGAGCAAACACUUUUAUAAACAAUUUCAAAACGUCAAUAAACUUAACAUCGCUGGAUGUGUGUCUGCGGGAAGUUGCGAAAUUAUUAGCAAAAGGGUUAUAACAGACUUUUAGAUGUUGAAGAUUGUGAUAGUGUUAUAGAUUGGUACUUCCUGGUACUUUACAUGAUGUGUUUCAAAGAUCGUGCGAAUAAAUAUCUCUUGAAUGACAUCGUUGGCCCAUGUUUCUAGUUAGAGAAAUAAAUCAAGAUCAAUUAAGCUUUUGGCCAUGAUGCUUUUAAUCAGAAGAAAGAAGGUUUCAUAAAAAUGUACGCAACAUACAUUUCCCGUCGAAACAUAAUACCAAUGAGAAAGAUAUUUUCCAUAGCUGAAUUGAUCGAAAGAAGAAAAAAUGCCCAUUUUUCACAUAACAAAAUUACCUAAGAAAUUAUUAAUUAGAAGUUUUGUUAGCUAAAGAUAAAUUUUAUUCCAAUCUCUUAAAUUGUCGAAUGUGAGUCAAUAAAGGUUGUAUGUUAUAAUUACCUUACAUCUCAAUGAUUUCAGCUUUGGAUGCUAAUGAAUUUUUAAAUGCCAUUUGUAGGAAUGCUAAAUAUGAAAUUACAAUCGACUCCCGUCAGUAUGAUUCUCGAUAUAAUGCUCCACAAGGUAGCCCUGAGCGAUCAUUCGCAAGUCCAAUUUAGUACGAUGACCAUCUGAAUUGUCAUUUUAUCGUUAGUAUUUGGAGACUUCUCUUAGCGAGAGUCGAUGUUCUACCAAAAAAUUCAUUCUCAUAUGACACUUGAAUCUAUAUUUCCGUACACUGUCACUCUUCCUUCUGGUCGAGUGGAAAGUAUUAAGUCUAAAUUUUGACGCAUAUUUUAAUGCCGUUUUUUCGAUUUCAAAAACAAUUAUUUUAUUUAAAAAGAGCUUUAGCAGGAUAAAAAACGAUUUAACAGAUUAAAAAUUACACUUUUUUUUGUGUUUGUGAAGAAAAUUCGAACAUAAAUUUAUUUUUCACAUGUAGACAAAAUAUUUGAAAAAUGUAAUUUUUCGUGUAUUUAACUAAAAGCUAUCAUAUCACCAAGACGGUUAUCGUGUCUGAAAGUUUACCGUAUUCUAUUAAUUUCUUCAGCUAGAAUCAUAUGGCCACGAUUUAUCGUUCAAUAUUUAUUUAGCGUGUAAUCUUUUCUAACACCCUGCCUGUGCUUCUUUGUAUCUAUACCUGUGUCUAAAAAUAACGUUCUAAAUCAUUUUACAGAAGGUUGUUUUAGCAUGGAAAAAAAAAAAAAAAAGCUUCUGCACAGGGAUUUAGUCACGGGGCCCAUCUCAAAUGCGGGUAGGCCUUUCUGAUAUUAAUUCUGCUAACUUUUAAAGAAAACAAUUUCAUUCAGAAGUAUGUAAUUUAUGGCGUUAAAAACAUUUUUUCUAAAAGGCAAUAAUGCCGCUUACGCUCAUAAAUUUGUCACUGGAUACAACUUUCAUGUAUUUUAUGAUUAAUAUUACAAGUUAAUUAUACAGUCGAAACUUCUCUUUUACAGACACUCUUGAGAUCAAAACAUUUAACCGUUUAAUGAGAGUGUUUUUAUCUGCCACUUCGAGGAUCCGGGGAUUUAGAAACUGUUCCUUAGUGUGGAGUGUCCGUAGAAGGAGAUUCGACCAUGUUACUAUAAAAGUAAAUAGACGAUUUAAGUUAUCAACAUCUGAUGACAGCCAGAACACAUCAAGCAGAAUGCUUGAUAAUCUCGGCAUAAGUGUAAGUUGGAUCUUGGAAGUAAUCAAGAAUUAUCUUGGUGCUUUGAAACCGCUCCGUUUGUUAAGCAAUAAAAUGUGAUUUGAAAGACAAAUAAAAGACCUUAUCUCAAGCUAAAUAAUAAUAUUCUGGAAACUGGCUAAUUUCCACUCUGUGUGCAAGAUGAAUUAUUGAAAAGACUCUACAACAGAUGCUUGUAACUUCUAACUGUUUCCUUUGGGUUUGAGAGAAAUUUCGUUUUAGCUCUUUUUCAAACUUACUCAAAUUCUAUUAUAAAGGAAAGGAUAGAUGGUGUGAUGUAAAAAACGUUUCUUCGUAACACAUAUUUAUACAGAAAAUUAAAUUUCUUGUUUGCCAGUUAAAUGUUACAAAUUUCAAAGGCUGAAGCUAAUCUAAUUUGUAGCAAAUCUACUUUUGAAAUGGGCUGUAUAGCCCCAUUCUCAAGACAAGAAUACUCCUAAAUCAUAACUGACACAAAUAUCGAACAAAUGUAUAUGAAUAAUCUAAAAAUAAUUAAAAUCAACGUUAAUUUUAACAGGAUAAUAUAUGUUAUACCUUAUGCUCUUGUUAUUUCUUCUCUGUUGUAUUUUAUAGAGGAAACUGCUUUUUGUAAAAUAAAUGCAUGUUUUACUUUCCCUCAAUUCUGACUGGAGUUAAAAAAAUAUAUCACCUUUAUUUUAUAUCUCCAAACUAAUCACAGCUAUUAAUUUGAUUUUAUUAACUGCAUGAA